AUGCAGUCAGAGUCUGUCAGUGAAUCAGUGUUACAGGGGUCAGAGUCUGUCAGUGAAUCAGUGUUGCAGGGGUCAGAGUCUGUCUGUGAAUCAGUGUUGCAGGGGUCAAAGUCUGUCAGUGAAUCAGUGUUACAGGAGUCAGAGUCUGUCAGUGAAUCAGUGUUGCAGGGGUCAGAGUCUGUCAGUGAAUCAGUGUUGCAGGGGUCAGAGUCUGUCAGUGAAUCAGUGUUGCAGGGGUCAGAGUCUGUCAGUGAAUCAGUGUUACAGGGGUCAGAGUCUGUCAGUGAAUCAGUGUUGCAGGGGUCAGAGUCUGUCAGUGAAUCAGUGUUACAGGGGUCAGAGUCUGUCAGUGAAUCAGUGUUACAGGGGUCAGAGUCUGUCAGUGAAUCAGUGUUACAG